CACCGGAAACUGGUGUCACAGCAGAAAGAGCCCGAGUCCAGCGGUGUUUUUGAAGCGUAUUGUUGCAACUUUUUCGAUGUUUCUCGCUGUUAAUUUAAAUUAAUCGAUCAAAGAUGUUUGCUGGACUGCCUGAAUUGGGAAUAUCCAAUGGCGAGGACCUCAAAGAAACGCUCACAAACUGCACAGAGCCUUUGAAAGCUAUUGAUCAAUUCCAGACGGAGAAUGGCAUUCUGCUGCCGACCCUGCAGUCCGCCCUGCCGUUCUUGGACCUUCACGGCACGCCGCGGCUUGACUUCCACCAGUCGGUGUUCGACGAACUCCGAGACAACCUAACGGAGAGAGUGGCCGUCAUAGCAGAGGGAAAGGAGGAGGACCGAUUUGGGAAGCUGGAGGAGUUGUUGGAGAAGAGCUUUCCAUUGGUCAAGAUGCCCUCAAUUCAGCCAGUGGUCAUGCAGGUGCUGAAACAUCUACCAAAGGUGCCGGAGAAGAAGCUGAAGAUGGUGAUGGCGGACAAGGAGCUGUACAAGGUGUGUGGCGUGGAGGUGAAGCGGCAGAUCUGGCAGGACAACCAAGCGCUGUUCGGGGACGAGGUGUCACCGCUGCUCAAGCAGUACAUCGUGGAGAAGGAGGGGGCGCUGUUCAGCAACGAGCUCUCGGUCCUCCACAACUUCUUCAGCCCCUCGCCCAAAGCCCGGCGCCAGGGAGAGGUGGUUUUGAAGCUGACCCAGAUGAUCGGGAAGAACGUGAAGCUGUACGACAUGGUGCUGCAGUUCUUGCGCACGCUGUUCCUGCGCACGCGCAACGUGCACUACUGCACGCUGCGUGCCGAGCUGCUCAUGUCCCUGCACGACCUGGACAUCAGCGAGAUCUGCUCUGUGGACCCCUGUCAUAAGUUCACCUGGUGCCUGGACGCCUGCAUCAGGGAGAAGUUUGUGGACGUCAAACGAGCCAGAGAACUGCAGGGCUUCCUGGAUGGCGUUAAGAAAGGACAGGAGCAGGUUCUAGGGGACUUGUCCAUGAUCCUGUGCGACCCGUUUGCCUGCAACACUCUGGUUCUGAGUACAGUCCGGAACCUGCAGGAGCUCAUCAGUCAGGACACCCUGCCCAGAGAGAGCCCAGACCUGCUGCUGCUGCUGAGGAUGCUGUGUCUAGGACAGGGCGCAUGGGACAUGAUUGACAGCCAGGUGUUUAAAGAGCCCCGACUGGACCCGGAGGUGGUGACACGCUUCCUGCCAGCCAUGAUGUCGGUGGUGGUGGAUGACCAUACGUUCACGGUGGACCAGAGACUCCCCGGGGAGGAGAAGAACUCCCCUGCCUACCCCACAGCCCUGCCCGACUCCUUCACCAGGUAUCUGCAGGAGAACCGUGUGGCCUGUGAGAUGGGGCUCUACUUCGUCCUCCACAUCACCAAACAGAGGAACAAGAACGCCCUGCAGAGGCUUCUUCCCGCUCUUGUGGACACACACAAUGACAUGGCCUUCGGGGACAUCUUCCUGCACCUGCUGAGCGGCCACCUGACCCUGCUGUCAGACGAGUUCGGAUCCCAGGAGUUCUGCUCCGUCAUCUUUGACCGCUUCCUCCUCACCUCCUUCUCAAGUAAGGAGAACGUUCACCGCCACGCGCUGCGCAUGCUGCUCCACCUCCACCACAAGGUCCUGCCCUCCCUGAUGGAGACCCUCGUGAAGACUCUGGAGCCCCCCAAACAGCAGAGCAGUGAGCCAGUGAAGGAACUUUUCAAUCAGCUGACGGAAAAGCUGGAGGCCCAGAAGAAGAGCCCGCCCCAGCCAGAAGAAGCCCCGCCGUCUCUGGACCUGGGCCUCCACCCAGUCACAGUUCCCACGACGACCCCGACGACCACCGCUGCGCUCUGAGAGAGGGAGAGAGAGAGAGUCCCAUUGUAAAUAGACCUCCAUUGGACUGAACGGACAUUUUGACAUGUUUUCAUACUCGUACUGCAUUCCUGAGUUGGCCAACAGGGAUUGGUUAGUUAAGCACCUAGAAGGGCUGGUGAACCAUUUUUUUAAAGGAGACAUAUUACACCAUCAGGCGUGAGUGUGAUUAGCCUUACAAGCCGGUUCGAAAAUCUGCCCCAUCUGACAUCACUAGUGGGCGUGUCCACCUAGAUCUGUGCUGGAUAGUUCAGUCUACCAGCCUACCUAGUGGACUGAAGUAAAAGUUGCUCAUCUAUCCAGCACAGAUCUAGGUGGACACGCCCACUAGGGAUGUCAUAUCGGGCAGAUUUUCGAAACGGCUUGUAAGGCUAAUCACACUCACACCCGGUGGUAUAAUAUGUCUCCUUUAAUUAAAUGUGUGGUUUGGAAUUAUUAUUAUUAUUAUUUAGGGCCAAAUAUAUUUUUCAGAUGUUGUCAGGCCCAUAUUCUCUGCAAUUGGUCUUGUUUAAAAAGCAAAAGUUGCCUUGCAAGAAAAACUCUGUAAAUAAAUAUAUUGUUGCGAAAAACCUUUUAAUAAUCUAACAUAAUUCUACCCGAAUCCAUUCCUUAUUUUGAGCCAAGCUAUCCCUUGUUUGUCUCCAUCUUCUUAGGAUCGUUAAGCUCCUCUUUGUUUGUCUCCUCCUCGUUAGGCUCGUUAAACUCCUUGUUUGGCUCCACCUCGUUAGGCUCGUUACGGUGCUUGCUUGGUUUCACAACGUUGGGUUUGUUAAGCUCCUCCUUGUUUGUCUCCUCGUUAUGCUCGUUAAACUCUCGCUUCUCAUAAAUAUCCUCGUUAGGUUCCUUAUUUCCUCUCUUCUGCCUGCUAGCUUACUCAAUCCUACAGAGGCAGUUCCUUGUGAGAGUCAACCAUAAACAUAUAUACAUUGACUUCUCCGACCCAUAGCUGCGUAACUAAAGUAAAAUGUGUAGCUGAGGUUUUUCUGGAUGAAAAGCACUAACGUUUACAUUUCUUCAAUGAUGAGUAUAUACAUAAAAAAAAUUAUAUAUAUUUGAUAUAAAAAAAGGGUUGUGAGAAAUCUCCCACAAUGCGAAAAAUAAUUAAAUAGAGAAUCAAGAAGAAAUCCUAGGCAAGAUGGCGGCGAAAGAUGCGACAGGAUGGAUAACCACAAAUGUUAGUGUUUUCUUCGUUAAUAAACGUUACUAAAAGAAUUAUGACCAUCGCAUAAUCAUUAU